AUGUUGCAGUGUGACAAAUCACACGAACACAAGAAAUGGGGUCGUGUGCGCGAUCCGGACGGGCGUGGUGUGCACUAUGCCACUGCCGAGGAAACCGCUUACCCAGCCGGCCUGUGUACGGCCGCCGCCCGUGAGAUCUGCUUGGCAUUGCAAAAUAAGGGGAUUAUGCUUGAUGUGCGCGCAUCUUCGGACACAGCCCUGGCAUCUUCCUUUGCACAGCGGCAGCCUCGCCGCGGCCGCGGCAUUGUGGGUCCGCCUGAGUACAAACGGACUGUCCUUGUCCGGCUCCCUCGUGACUUUCAGCCCCCGGACCAUGUGCCAGAUGAGCCACUUGCAGUGCUUCGUGACGUGCCUGCGGGCUCCAAGCUUCUGUGGACUCGCGUCUUUGUUGAUGGGGGUGUUGAGGUUCGCGAGGCCCAAUUUGGGGUAUACCAUACACCGGAUGAGUUUCUGCAUGCUGCCUUGAAAGUGACCCAUCCCUUCGACAGUGCAGUGUCUAUUGACGGCCCGAACCUGCGGGCAAUUGCAUUCACUCUUGAGCAUGGUGUUAAGGCUGUGCAGCAAAGACGUAUGGAGGUCCUUGAGCACUAUCGUGCACUGGAGCACUCUCUGAGGUCUGAUGAGGAGGCUCUUAAGCAGGCAAUGGACCCUACGGUACGGGAGAUCAUGGGCAACAAGAAGUUGCUCUUGUUCAAACAGAUGCUGAAGGAUGCAGGUGUUCCUGAUGAGCGCCUCUUCGAGGAUAUGGUUCAGGGAUUUCGGUUGACUGGUCCCCUUGAGCCUUCGGGUUUGUUUCCACCUAAGUAUAAGCCUGCCGUCAUCUCGGUGGAUGAAUUGCGGCGCACUUCGCAGUGGUCCAAACACCUUGUCGAGGCUGCGUGUCGGAAGGCUUCACAGGAUCCUGAGAUUGCGAGGGCUGUUUGGGAUGAAUCGUUGGGGCAAGUCGAGAAGGGAUGGUUGUCGGGACCAUUCACAUGGGAUCAAAUGGAUCAAAAGUAUGGGGGCACUUGGGUGGCGUCCAAGCGCUUCGGGGUGUCCCAGGGCGACAAGGUGCGUGCUGUCGAUGAUCUCUCGCAGUUUCAGGUGAAUGCUUCGGUUACUGAGACCGAGAAGAUUCAACUUGAAGGCCUUGAUGACAUUGUUGCCCUUGCGAGAUUCCACUUGGGUGCCACUGUGUCGGGCACCAAGGUUUUCAGGCUCCCCUUGUCAGGCGGCGGCGUCUACCAGGGCCGAUUGCAUCCUGACUUCAGGGAAGGUCGGGCACGGCGCUUGAAAGGCAGGGCUCUUGACUUGCGGAGCGCAUACAAACAGCUAGCUCGGCACCCCGCCGACGAUUGGGCUUCGGUGCUAGGAGUCUUAGAUCCAGACACCAACACUGUGGCCUAUUUUGAGAGCCACGCUCUCCCGUUCGGCGCAUCGAGCGCGGUGACAGGCUUCAACCGGGCUGCGCGUGCAUUGCGCAUUAUCAUGUCCAGACUUUUGUUCCUUGUGAAUACGUCAUUCUUUGACGAUUUCUGCCAACUUGAGAUUGAUGAUCUGACUGAUUCUGCGGAUCAGGCGGCGCUUGCACUGCUUGAUCUCCUUGGCUGGGAGGUGUCCGAUGGCGAGAAGUUGAAACCUUUCGCUUCAGAGUUCACCAUGCUUGGUGCAGUGCUAUUCUUCAAAGAUGCGGGUAGGGGUCUGAUUAGGGUUAGGAAUAAGGCCGGUCGCUUGGAGGAAAUUUCUUCCAUGGUAGAUCGCUUUGCUGCUGACCCCGCAUGUGGGGCGCGAUCCCUCCCGUCGUUGAAGGGCAAGCUCUUGUUUGCAUCUUCGCAUGUGUUCGGUCGCUGUGCUCAGGUUGCGACUCAGCUGAUUCACCAUGCCGAGCGACAACCUGGUCCUGACGUGCAUGGUUUCGUCUUGCAAUCCCUCAGGAGGGCGCUUGAAACACUUAGGGCAGCUGGGGAUCGUCAGGUGAACCUGUGGUCUGAGCAGCCGCCAGUUGUCAUCUUUACGGAUGGUGCAUGUGAGGAGAAGGGCAAUCAGGUGACACAUGGGGCGGUCAUCGUUGACCCGGCUUCGCAGACUCGCGAGGUGUUCGGUGGCCACACCCCCGAGGAUCUUGUGACAAAGUGGCGGAGCUCAGGCCGGACUCAGCUCAUCUUCUUUGCAGAGCUUUGUCCUGUCUUGAUUGCGAGACGGACUUGGGCUAAAGUGCUGCGUAACAGAAGGGUACUGAUCUUCGUGGACAACGAGGCAGCGAAGGCGGCCUUGAUCAGAAAUUAUUCUCCUUUGUUGGAUGCCGCUCAUAUGCUUUCUGACAUUGCCGAGCUUGAUGUCGAGCUCAGCUGUUUUCCAUGGUAUUGCAGGGUGCCGUCCAAGAGCAAUUUUUCCGACGCUGCUUCCAGACUGAGCUUUGGGGAGUAUGAGGAAUGCUUCCGAAGGAUUCAGCCCACUCUGGAAGCCUGUUGA